AUGGAGGAAUACAAGUUGCUUGUUGUAGGCCGCCGCAGACUGAAGGGUACGAUCACGAGGAUCGUGUCCUUAGCUGAGCGUUUACCUGCAACACAAACGAAGGAUGGAAUCGAUGUCUUGUUCGAUCGACUGGAUUUGGCAUGGAGCGAAUUCGAGAAGAUUGGCGACAGGACAUCGCUUCACGAUGCGGUCGAUGGGUAUGUAGAUCCAGCCAACGACUUCGAGGAGUACGAAGGAAGGUACCUGAGGGCAAGGGAGUUACUUGUCUCAGGAAAGCGCUCACUGGAGCCACAAACAAGCACUCAAAGCAAUGAGUCAAUGCCGGGUAAUGGAGAUGCACUUUUCCGGUUUCUACAACAACAACAACAGAUGCUAGAACGAAUGGCUGUUUCUGAAGCAGCAAGCACACCUAUUUCACAAGAUGACGCAAUGAACGCGGUAGCAACGCAUAAGGAACUACCGAAAAUUCAAAUCAAACGUUUUUCGGGAGACUACAAGGAAUGGCCGGCAUUUUGGGAUAUCUAUAAAAGCACUAUCCAUAAGAAGCGACAACUAUCAGAUACACAGAAGUUUCACUAUUUGAAAUCACUAUUGACCGAUGAAGCAGCGAAUCUAAUUGCACAUUUGCCAAUUACUGACAGCGCAUAUGAAACAGCAGUGUCGCGUUUAAACGAGAGGUACGACAGACCACGCCAUAUUGUGUUUUCAUUAUUGGAACAGUUCACAAAGCUACCGGAAACAACAAAGAUUGAUGUAUCAGUGCUAAGUGACUGA